CAAAACAAACACAUGUGCGCGUCAAUGUUUUCUAUUGCCGAUUUAGAAAAUUAUUUUUAUUAGAAAUAAAUAUGAGUUUAGCUAAAAUAAAAGCAAAAGAAACAAAAGGUAAACAAAAACUUUUGCCAAAAUUAAAAGCCAUACUUGCAAAUCCCAACAAAACGAAAUGUCCUAUAUUAGAUGAACAUGAACUGCUUACACUCAAAUCUUUAAUACAAAAUGCCAUCAAAGAAAGUAAACUGGAACCUAGAUCUUUUGCCACCCAGAAAGGUAUAUGUUUGGGUUUGGAAAGCUCCCUGCGACAAAUCAACAAUCAAACCAGUAGCUGUGUCUUUAUAUCUUUGAGUAUCAAACCAAAUUAUAUUAUAAGUUUAAUAGCCAGAAAUGCAGAAACUAAAGAUGAAACUCAACCUGUGUAUGCACAACCCAAAUUGGAAAAUUUUAUAGAGGAAUUAUUUGGUAUACAAGCUUUGUGUAUGGUGUUUCCCAAGAAUUUGUUGGCAAUUAGUGAAGAGCUAAAUAAAUGGGUAGAAAAGUGCAAGAAACCAGCUAAAAUUAAAAAAGUGGAUGCAAUAGUUAAAAAAACUUUAAAAAAGAAAAUUAAAAAAACGAAGCCGGUAGAAAUUAAAGAGGAAACUAAAAAGGAUUUAGUAGACGAAACUACAACAGAGAGUGUAGUAAAAUCUUGGUCGGGAGAUUUUAUAUCAUUUGGCAAAGACAACCCAGUUACAGGGGAUUAUAAGUUGGACGGUGAUCAAGCUGUAGAAGCUUUAUCGGAAAUAAUCAAUAAAAUUCCCACUUCAACAACUUCAAAAGUUAUUAAAGAAAUCGAACCCAUGGAAGUGGAUGCUGCUGAGAUGGAAUUAAAAAUUACUGCAGAAAUUAAUGCAUUUGAUGAUGACAAUGCUUCGGAGAAUUCGGAUGAUUUCCUUGGCGAAUAUAAGAAUCUAACGGUGCACAAGAUAAAAGGUAAUCCAAAUAAAAAUCCCAAAAAGAAACGUAAAAAGAAUAAAAAGAAGAAACCAACAAAUUAAACUGAAAAUCUAUUUUUGUCUUUCUAUAAAAUUUUUUUCAUUUACACAUUUUAUUUUCAAAAUUAGGCCGGGACCAUGAUAUAACCAGUAAAUUGUUAUAUUAUGGGUCGGGACAGCAUUUAAUAUACAACU